GUAAAUUCAUCGACAAGAGUGAAGCCAAGCGUCAGAAAGACUUGUUCAUAUAUAUUUAUUUAUUUCUUUUGCCGAUCUCACGUCACCCAAUUCGCAAUCCUCCUUGCACGUUCUCACCUCGGUGGAAAAAAUUCCCAGCCCCAGCAGAAAAGAAAAUUUUGGGUCUUUCCUUUUGAUUAGACUUGAAUCGGAAUUUAUGGAGUGCAGUCGCGUGUAUGGAAUCGGAUUUUGUUUUAAUUUCCUGAUAUUGUGAAUUCGAUUGAAUUUUCUUCUCCCCGAUGUGAUUCUGGUGUUUUGGAUUUUCUUUUCUUCUGAAAUCUUGGAUUGUAUUGUUGUUUAUAUAUUGUGUGAAUAUGCUUAUAGAAGAAAUUAGCGAGGAGAAGGGGUUGGGAUUGAAGGUAAAAGAAAUUAGGGAGGUGAAGGGUUUGGGAUUGAAGGUAAAGGUGAAGGAGGAGGAGGAGGAGGAGGAGGAGGAAUUAGCUGUUAGCGAUCGGGAUUUGGUGAAAACUGGCGUUGGCCGUGGAGUAGGCGGUUAUUUAGGGAGGAAUUCGAAGAGGGUUCUAGUGGGAGUGGGUGCCAGAGCUCUGUUUUAUCCGACUUUGGUCUAUAAUGUGUUCAGGAACAAAAUUCAGACCGAAUUCCGUUGGUGGGACUGGAUUGAUGAGUUUGUCUUGUUAGGUGCAGUACCGUUCAGGUCGGAUGUCCGGCGGUUGAAGGAUCUUGGUGUUGGAGCAGUUGUCACACUUAACGAGCCAUAUGAAACUUUAGUCCCCACAUCUUUUUACGAGGCUCACGGGAUUCGUAAUUUGGUUCUUCCAACAAGAGAUUACCUGUUUGCACCAUCUUUGGAUGACAUUUGCCAAGCUGUCGACUUCAUUCACGAAAAUGCAUCUUGCGGACGUAGUACAUAUGUUCAUUGUAAGGCUGGUCGUGGUCGCAGCACAACCAUAGUUAUAUGUUAUCUGGUGAAGUAUAAGCAAAUGAAGCCAGAUAUUGCAUAUGCUUAUGUGAAGUCCAUACGGCCAAGAGUUCUCCUAGCCGCCUCACAGUUGAAGGCUGUUGAGGGUUUCUACAAUCUGCAGGCGAAGAAGACCUGCUUCUCAAGUUCCCCAAUGAGCCCGAUCUUUAGAAGUCCUAAGCUGUUUACUGGCCAAGAUCUUGUGGCUUUUGACGAUGGUUCAGUUGUGAUAAUUACCAACGCUGAUCUUGACGGGUACGAGGGAAACGAGGAGACUGGCAUUAUCAGAAAUGAGAUCUGGACAGACUUCAGUUUGAUUUACAGAGUGAGAGUGACUGGUAAGACGGCUCUGGCAAAACUUUCUUGCUUGUGGUUUCGGUAUCAUACUCCUCAGAAACUUUUAGGUGAGGAGGUGGUGGCAGAGGAGAGUCGCAGCUUAGUUGGAUCAGAUGUUGGAGGUUUUACGUUAGACAUCCAUGUCUACUCGGCCUAGCUGCCUGCCUAUGUUGAUAUCUCUGUAUAUAUUUUAAUUUGUAAAUAUACAAAGCAACAUCUAAUACUCUUUUGUAUUUUGGAUCCUUUUUGUGGAAUGAAGCCCAAAAAAAGGAAAAGAAAAUUUAAAUUUAAUACUCCCCUGUUGUGAACUUCUCUUUUUCGUUUGGAAAAGUGUUAACACAUGCUGGAACCAAGGAAUUACGGAUUUCGGUAUCAUAGUUGAUACUGAUUACUGCUGACACAAAAGUAUUCAGCUCGUGCAUGAUUAAGAUAAAGUACACGUAAAGCCUAAUAUGAGACAAUAAUACAUGGUAAGAUGAACACGUUGAGGAGUAUAAAGCCGCGGACUAUGGAAACAUGAACGACAUCCAGGGAAAGGGGAAAGAUUUAAGGUUUAUUUUGAAGCCCAUAAACCAACUAGCUAGUGAGGAUGUAUUUCAAUUUCUACUUGCUGUGGAAGCCAAUUGGGCAGUUGGACAUGGAUUCCUCUCCCUGUUCUUCCUAGAACUUGAUCAGGUGGUCGUUGACCCCAGAACUUGUGCACUAUAUAAAUGGCUGUUUUUAUCAGCAUAUCCCAUAUUGUUUCAACAAGAAAAUGGGGUAUCAGCUGGGACAAGGCAAACAAAAGUGCAAGGGAAAAUACAAGUGGGCAAAGAGAUUCAGGCAAAAGGAGAGAUGUAACAGAUGCCAAAGAUAAUGGUCCACAAAAUCCCAGUCCGAGCCUACUAAAGUAAUCCCAGUAUGCCGCCGAAAUAGCGUAAAGAGGGAUUGUGUUUAGAUUGGGUUGUUGUGACAAGCAAUAGUAGAGUAGCAAACUGGCAACGGCCAAAAACAUGGUUUUUGGGUGUGUUUCAAAAGGGGAUUCAGCUAGGGAUUGAUACUUAAUCUGGACCAAGUUAAGCGAGACUGUGAGAAUGAACGCGUAAAUGGCCUGACGAUAGGUCAGCUGAUUCAUCUGGUUACACUCGGGCUGGUGAUGAGAUUGCGGGAUGUUGUUGAAAUGGAGAACAUUGACACUGAAAUUCUGAUAAAGGAAGUAAUGAUUGUUAUGGAUGGUGUGAUUAGGGGUAGCAGGCUGCAUAAUUGGUUAAUUUGGAGGUUACGAAGUACGAUUAAGUUGGGAAGUAGAAGGGCUUUAUAUACGAUUUGAUGGUGAGAUUACUACUCUAUAUAUGAUGUUCACAUUAAGUUGGGAAGUAGAAGGGCUUUAUAUACGAUUUGAUGGUGAGAUCUACUCAAUGUA